UUUUCUUCUUUAUUUUCUAUUUUAAUUGAAUAAAUAAAAAAAAUGAAAACAUUUUUACUCAAAUUUAUUCUCUCUGCAAUUAUGUUUUCUGUCACUUCUCUUGCAGGAAUUGCUGCUAUAAUGUUGAGGCGCAAACUAAACAGAUUGGCAGAAGUUCAAAACAGAAGAACGGAGUGGAUAUUAACUUUACUUUCUUGUUUUGCAGGAGGAGUAUUUAUGGGGACUUGUUUUCUAGAUAUAUUCCCUCAUAUUAAUGAACAUUAUGCCCAUUUUCGAAAAGAAGCAAAUUGGUCUACCGAAUUUCCUUUACCUGAAUUUAUUAUUUGUUUAGGAUUUUUCCUAGUUUAUUUAUUGGAAGAGCUUAUUCUCAAAGUUUUUGCACCACAAACAGAAAAACGUAAAAGAUGCCGAACAAUUUCUCGACAUUUAGGCAAUAUUGAUGGGAAAGAUUCUUCCCUUUCUAUUUGCUCUAAACCUGAUUGUGUUAUGAAUUCAAUUAAAAAUAAUAAUGAAAUAGAUAUUCAACAAGUAACACAAACUUUAAAACAUUGCUCUUCUUGUCUUGAUAUGCUUACACAUGAAGUAGUAAUAGACAAAUAUUUAAAUGAAGAAUCAAAAACAACGGAUUUACUUAAAUCAUUAACAUUUGCUUUUGCAAUAUCUUUUCAUUCAGUACUUGAAGGGUUUGCUCUUGGAGUGCAAGAUAAUUCUGCUGGAAUAUUAACUUUAUUUAUUUCUUUAAUUAUUCACAAAAGUAUUGAGGCCUUCAGUGUUGGAUUACAAAUAAAUAAAUCUGGAAAUAAUUCUUUAAUUAUUGUUGGGUCUUUAAUUCUUGCUUAUGCUCUAAUGACUCCGAUUGGGUCUAUUAUUGGUGAUUUUAUUACUAAUCUCGAAAUAAAUGAAUUACCAAAGGAAGGAAUAAUUAUUGGUUUAGAAUCUUUGGCCGCAGGAACCUUUAUUUAUGUAACAUUCCUUGAAGUAUUAGCUCAAGAGCGUGCAAAUGACCAUUCAAAUUUGUUGCAAUUAGCUGCUAUAUUUAUUGGAUUUCUUGUUAUAAAUAUAAUACAGAUAUAUGAAUUAACAACGCAUUCACAUUCACACGGAAUUACACACUCAACUAAUGAAGAACAUGAACAUUAAUUAAAUUAUAAUUUUUUUAAUUAGAUAAAAUUUUUUAAUAAUUGUUUAUGUCCGGGAUUUGUCCGAAAUUUUCCAAGAGGAUUAACAAAGUAGGUAGAAAUGCAAAUGGGGGCACGAACCAGAUAAGUGACUAGCCGUUCCUCUAGAGUUAUAUAGGCUCUCCCUAAAUUUACGUUUUUCUCGAUACUUCCUGCAAUAAUCGGGGUGAUUUUUAUUUAUUAUUUAGACAAGGAUUGCGUCGUAAUUACACAACCCCAAUUUAGACUAACGCUGAAACUGAUAUUUAUC